UGCCGUGCUAAGUUUCCAUGGACGGCUCAAACUCCCGCUCGUCAUACUAGCACGAUUUAUAUUGAAUGCUGCAAGCCCUAAAACCCGCUCGCACGGGGGCAUCAUACUGGGCAAGAAAUGUCGUCUAUACCGAUCGCAGUAUCAUUGUUUUGAACAAACCUGCAGGACUUAUUUGCCAAGGUUCCGAAGCUUCUUCCGAAAACAAACCUAGAGAUGUUGACAAAUUCAAUGACCUACUUCGUGACGUAAAAGAUACUUUUGCCUUGGAGAGCCUACCGUACCCUGUUCACCGCCUUGAUAAGGCUACAACCGGAACACUACUAUUAGCGCGGAACUCCCCAGCUGCUCGGCAGUUUUCACAACAAUUUCAGUCACGAGUAGUAGAGAAAACAUAUCUGGCUCUUGUGCGUGGAGGAGAGCAGUCAUUCCCAACUCGUAGUGGAGAGAUUCGGGACGCCCUGGAAUUCAGUGAUGGGCGCGUGUCAAUAGGCGAGAGCUGUGCUGCCAAGUUUGCUGCCACUGAUUGGGAACUUGUCGCGUCUUCUUCCAUAGCACCGCUCUCGCUGCUCAGGCUGACCCUACACACAGGGCUGAAGCAUCAGCUUCGCAUCCACCUGGCACAUUCCCUGCACGCGCCUAUACUUGGUGACAACCUGUAUGCGAGGAGUAGCAUCUCCGAGAAGAUUGCUAGGAUCACUCGACUGCCCGAGAAGAGGAUAUUUUUGCAUGCGGCGCAGUUGACGCUCUCAAGGUAUAGAAAGACAGGGCCCCACAAACACUUCCGACUGACGAUCGGGGCUCCUAUACCCAAGGACUUCCUAACAAUAUGUAGAGAUGCAGGAAUCUCGUUGGACCACACAUAUGUCGACGGCGGCCUGUUCAUUGAUGGCCAACAUGUCGACGAUGUCCCAGAUCUUGAAGGCAGAUGGCUACGAAAACCUCCAGUACCGCGCUCGUAAACGCUGACGAGAUAGGGCGUCGCGUGUGUUGCACGAUAUGCACCUAAUCGGAAACUAACGUGCUAGAGCGGUGACUAGGGCUACGCGAGAUAGUGACCCUACCUUUCAUCUUACCUCAUUUGUUGCACUGUGGAUCACUCAGCCUCUUGUUUUGGGCUGGUAUAGAGUUGGACUACUUCGAGACGUCUAUUUGACUUUCGCAAGGGAUAUCAAAAAGGCUUGUUUGUUGGCGGAACUCGAUGUUUGCGUGACAUAUAUAGAGUACAAGUACUUACAACGUUCAGCCCAAGUUUACUAUUAUUAUCGUCGGUUUACCGAUCAUUAAUCUUUGUUCUUACUGUCGCCACGGAUAUCGAUGUUCUAACGCAAUACUAUUAA